ACUUCCUUGGACAGGCACUUGUUGAGUUCUUUGGCACAUUGUCAAGAGAGUGGGCUUUGGAAUGCAUGAAAGACCUUCUACUGGUUAAUCUGAGGGGAAAUCUUCAGAUUGUUGUGCAGGCCACGAAAGAAUACUCUGAGCAGCUAGGGGUUGAUGCUUGCAUCAAAUUAUUUGAGCAAUUCAAAUCUUAUGAGGACCUUUACUUUUUCUUGGGAUCUUAUCUGAGCUCCAGCGAGGACCCAGAUAUCCAUUUCAAGUACAUAGAAGCAGCAGCAAGGACUGGACAAAUCAAAGAAGUUGAACGUGUAACCAGAGAGUCAAACUUCUAUGAUGCUGAGAAGAUAAUGAACUUUUUGAUGGAAGCAAAACUACCUAAUGCCCGUCCACUGAUUAAUGUUUGUGAUCGCUUUGGUUUUGUGCCAGAUCUCACUCACUAUCUGUACACAAACAACAUGCUUCGAUAUAUCGAAGGCUAUGUUCAGAAGGUGAAUCCCGGGAAUGCUCCAUUGGUAGUGGGGCAAUUACUUGAUGAUGAAUGCCCUAAAUAUUUUAUCAAGGGUUUGAUCCUAUUUGUUCGUUCUCUCCUCCCUGUUGAGCCUUUGGUUGAUGAAUGUGAGAAGAGGUUUGUUUUUCAUAUCCCUCCAGUUUACUUAUUCACAUGGGCCGUUCCCCCUCCUCCCCCCUACCAAGAAUUGUUGGUCUCAUACGUUUGA